CAGAGAAUCUUAGCCCAAACUCUAAGGAAAAAGCAAACCUCAUCCUUUUCAGAUUCUUCAGAGAGAGAUAUAUUUUGUGGAUCUCACACUUGCAGUUGCAUUAACUACAACCAACUCGAAAACGAUGAUGAUGAUCGAGUCAGCCAUGGCCGUACAAUUCAACUCCGCCGCCACAAACCUCUGCUCCUGCACCUCCAUGCCCUCCUAUCGUCCGACGUGGAGCUCAGACGAGCUGACCGGAGCCGUACGCCGCCGCCUUUCUUGCCCCGGCGGGUUCGCCGCGCCGUGGACUCGAAUUCCACUGUCAAAGAAUGGUUCGGUUGCAAAAAGGAGAAAUUUGGUAAAGAAUGGGAUUCAGGCAUCUGCCCGGCAGUUAGGGCCCGGUUCGGAGCCUGUGAAGCCGAAUGAGAGGCCGGAAUACCACCCAUUUGAGGAUAUUGCCGAGUCCACAUUAGAGGCUAGUGGAACUGAUAGACUUACAGCUGCAGAAUCUGCUAGAACCCUCAUUGAGGUUAACAGCAAAGCAACACUCUUGUUUUCGAGUUUGAUCAAUGACGAGGUUCACGAAAAUAUUUUAUGUCCGGAUUUGCCUUAUGUAACUGAUGAACAUGGAAAUAUCUACUUUCAAGUGAAGGAUAGUGAAGACACUUUUCGUUCCCUAACUUCAGAGAAUAACUUUGUGCAAGUUAUUAUUGGGUUAGAUACUAUGGAAAUGAUCAAUGAGAUGGAGUUACCAGAAAUUGAUUUUGAAAUGGAUGGGAUUGAAGAUGAAGGUAGUGAGAUUGAAGACGAUGAUGACGACGACGAUGAUGAUGACGAUGACGAUGACGAGGAGGACGAUGAUGAAGAAGACGGUGACUAUGAUUCGGAUUGGGCUGCUGUUCUUGAAGAUGAAGAUGAAGAUGAUCUGGAUGAUUCUGACAACUGGGCAAAAUUGCAGACUAUGCGUUACUCUCACCCAAUGAAUUUUGCCAAGAAGCUAAGUGAGGUUGCUUCUGAUGAUCCUAUAGAUUGGGCAGAGCAGGCUCCAGCUAGUUUGGCUAUUCAGGGCCUUAUAAGGCCUGCACUUAUAGAAGAACAUUCUGUUAUCCAAAAGCAUAUGUCUGAUCACCAGUCUUGUAAUGAUGGCGUAGAUGAAGUUGGGAGGACUGUAGAAGAUGAUUUAGAAGAUCCUGUUAGGAUUAAUGGCCAUAAAUCAGGAAUUUCAAAGGAUAGUCCAGCCUCGGAAGAGGAAUUGGAGAAUAAGAAAGAUGAAACACCGGGAAACAGGACUACAUUUUACAAACUGGGGAUGGUUAAGAUUCAGCUGUUUUCAUCCCAUGGAAGUCAGACUGUUGUUGAAGUAGAAGACUUUGUAAAAGCUCAACCUGAUGCCAUUGCACACUCAGCAGCUAAAAUUAUAUCUCGUCUGAAAGCUGAUGGAGAAAAGACCACGCAAGCUCUGAAGUCCUUAUGUUGGAGACUAAAGGGUCUUCAAGUGGAGGAGGCAGUACUUAUUGGUGUAGAUUCCCUUGGAUUUGACUUAAGGGUUUGCUCAGGAACACAAGUCCAGACAUUGAGAUUCGCACUUAACACACGGGCAACUUCUGAGUACAGCGCUGAGAGACAACUCAAUGAUCUGCUAUUCCCAAGGAUGCAGCAGAAACCACAAACAGUGAAACAAACUUAGCAAAUUGAAGGGUAACGUCAUCAACACCUUCAAGUGCCAUCAUUUGGUUUGAUUCUAGCUCGUUUCUUCAAUGAUGCCUCUCGGCAUAGGUUUCGAUAUAUGACAGGAGGGGUUCCAACCAGGUCAUUGUAUUGUUAAUUGAGAUUAAGGAAUUAUGAAAUUUCAUUAUUUGCAAAGCUUGGUGAUUCUUUGCCUUGUAAAUCAUUUUUGUUUUGAUCAACUGAUUAAUAGGUCUCGUUGCCCU